AAGUCAAUCUGUUCUGACCCCUCAGUGAAGCCCUGAUCAUUGAGGAUUUAUGUUGCAUUUCUCCCUAGGCAAAAAUCCAAGGAUGACUCUCCUGGGAUCCCUCAUCACUCUCUGCGCAGUUGGAGCAAUGGGCUCCUCAGGGAAUAAGGUCUCAGAGGUGCUGUCAGAUUCAUCUCUCCUAAGCAUCAUUACUGAGGCCAGGCAGUUGGUAGACACUGCAUAUUUACAGGCCCGAAAAAGCUUAAAGAGAAAAUCGGAGGAAAAGAUUGUUAACCCGAUGGAUUUCCUGAAGCACCUAAAGGACCCCAUAGGAAGAACCAGAUCUGCAGUCCGUGCUGCUGAUUACUUGGAAACUACUUUGAAACUCCUCAAAAGGAAGCUGCAUCUCUCUGGGGAACAGAGUUUCAAUGUCACAGACCUGCUAAGCAGGAGACAGAAGGAGAUGAUUUCCAAGGGCACUGGCUGUGACUAUCAGACUCGUUCAAUUAAAUGCCCAGAGAGAGACUUUUACCGGACCAUUACUGGGGAGUGCAACAACAGAAAUCACUCCCACCUGGGGUCCUCUAACCGUGCCUUUGCACGCUGGCUCCCAGCUGUAUAUGAAGAUGGAAUGUCUGUUCCCAGAGGAGCAAGUGAAGGAAAGCGCUACAAUGGAUUCCCACUCCCACUGGUUCGAAAAGUAUCCAAUGAGAUUGCUCACACAGCCAACAAGAAUGUCACUGCAGAUCAGCAGCUCUCGCUGGUCUUCAUGCACUGGGGCCAGUGGGUGAACCACGACAUAGACUUGGCCCCUGCCAGUGGGGAAGGAGCCAGCCUGGAGCUCCAGUGCCACACCAGCUGUGCCUUCAAGCCCCCCUGCUUCCCUAUUAAGUUCCCCCCUGACGACCCGCGGGUGCGGAACUCCGACACCUGCAUGCCGUUCGUGCAGUCAGCCUCGGCGUGCAGCCCCGGGACCUCCCGGCGGGAGCAGCUCAACGCCGCCACGUCCUUCAUUGACGCCAGCACCGUGUACGGCAGCGACCGCGCCCUGGCCAGGAGCCUGAGAAACCUCACCAACCAGCUGGGCUUGAUGGCCGUGAACCAGGACUUCUUGGACGCGGGGCUGGAAUUGCUGCCCUUCGAGAACACGACACACAGUGUUUGUGUUCUCACCAACAGGAGUGCCAACAUCCCCUGUUUUAAAGCAGGUGACAAACGGGUGACAGAAAACCUGGGACUCUCUGCAAUGCACACUCUCUUUGUCCGAGAGCACAAUCGCCUGGCUACUGAGCUGAGGAAAUUAAAUCCCCACUGGGAUGGGGAAAAGCUUUACCAGGAGAGUCGAAAGAUUGUGAUUGCCAUAAACCAGAUCAUAACAUACAGAGAUUACCUCCCACUCCUGCUGGCUGAGGAGACCAGCAAGUGGAUCCCUUUGUACAGUGGUUACAAUGAAAAGGUGGAUCCAAGGGCCUCAAAUGUUUUCUCCCUGGCUUUCCGAUUCGGCCACACAUCAGUGCAGCCUUUUGUGUCCCGUUUGAAUGAGAGCUUUCAGCCUUUGUGUUCCUCCUCUCAUGUCCCUCUGCAUCUGACCUUUUGCGCUCCAUGGAGAAUUAUAAUGGAAGGAGGCAUCGACCCCCUGAUCCGGGGCAUGAUUGUGGAUCAUGCAAAACUCAUGAAACAGAACCAGCUGCUCAUUGAGGAGCUCCAGAACCACCUCUUUGAACAGACAGAGGUGAUGGGUCUGGAUCUAGGAGCCAUGAACAUGCAACGAGGAAGAGACCAUGGCCUUCCAGGUUACAAUGCCUGGAGGGGCUUCUGUGGGCUCUCCCAACCCCAGACUGUAGAAGAUUUAUCUGAUGUGCUGGGCAAUCCCAAACUGGCCAAGAAGUUCAUGAAUGUGUAUGGGACACCGUACAAUAUUGACCUCUGGAUUGGGGCAGUUGCAGAGCCUGUGGUUCCCCAGGGCAGAGUCGGGCCCCUCCUCUCCUGCAUUAUUGGCACCCAGUUCAGGAACCUACGUGAUGGGGACAGAUUCUGGUGGGAAAACCCGGGAGUUUUCACUCCACAACAGUUGCAAGCAUUGAGAAAAAUCUCAGUGUCAAGGGUGAUCUGUGACAAUACUCAUAUCAAAAAGAUACCCAGGGAUGUGUUCAAGAUCAACACUUAUCCUGAGGACUUCACUGAUUGCCAAGAUAUUGACUUGCUUGACCUCUCAUCCUGGAAAGAUGAGCCUGAGAGUGCCACAAAAGUUUCUAAUCCUACUCAUCAGACCAGCGUUGGAAACCCCUAAUGGUGACACUGAGCUGCUCCUGGGAAACUCCUGCCUGGACAUCAGGCUCCACUGGCUGCUGUUGACUGAACAUCAGCACAUGGUUUCCCAGAGGGGAGCUCAAGACUAUGUAAUCUGUUUUAUUUCCUGUAAUGGGAUUUUUUUAAAGAUAUAAUUUCUUUCACAAAACUUCCAGUAAUGUAAGUCUUCAGAUGAAAGGGCAAUGAUAUUUUAUUUUCUGUUGCCCUAAAGAAUUGAUCAGAGG